GAGAGACAGAGAUACAGAACGCUGUCGUAUCUGCUGCCGCAUUUGCACUCAGGAUGGGCAGUUGAUCAGGCGAUUCUAGCCGAAGAAGAACGCGUUGUGAUCAUCAGAUUCGGCCAUGACUGGGACGACACAUGCAUGCAGAAUUGUCAAAGAAAGCCAAAUUUGGAAUAACUCAAAGAUGGAUGAAGUUCUGGCCUCGGUUGCUGAAAAGAUAAAGAACUUUGCUGUCAUUUACCUUGUGGACAUCACAGAAGUUCCUGAUUUUAACACAAUGUACGAGUUGUAUGAUCCAUCCACAGUCAUGUUCUUCUUCAGGAACAAGCACAUUAUGAUUGAUCUGGGAACCGGAAACAACAACAAGAUCAAUUGGGCUCUCAAGGACAAGCAAGAGUUCAUCGACAUCGUCGAAACUGUCUACCGCGGGGCAAGAAAGGGUCGAGGUCUGGUUGUUGCUCCAAAAGAUUACUCCACCAAGUACCGGUACUAGUGAUUUGAGCAAGUCGUUGAUUUGUAGAACUAUUCAGAAACUUGCAUUUGAACAAUUUACUUGCAUAUAACUUGUCUUUCUUUGGAAAUUUAAGAAUUAACGGAAUUCUGAAUAUACUUCAUCCAGCCAA